ACAGGAGGGGAUUGUUACGAAAUAAUGUUUCCGAAUGCGAAGAGAAGGUCACAGAGCUCUAUUUAUCUGUCGCUGAGCUCACUUGAUCACAGAAUCGGAUGACAAGGAAUGAAGCUCCUAACUGGCAAGCUCGUUCUCCUCUGCGUGUCAUUCACGCAAUUCCUCCUACUACGUGUCAACGCACAGAGCAACAAAGGUAUUUAUGAGAGACUGCCGAAACAAUGCUUGAAGGACCCUUUUAUUGGGGUCUGCCGCCCAUUGAUGACGACCGCCUGGUAUUUCGAUACUCAGCGUCACACCUGCGUUUCACUGCCACCUGGAGUUUGCGCUGGAGGCAACAACCUCUUUCCCACGUUCCAAAAAUGCAUGGAAGAAUGUCAACUCCUAACCCAAAAGAAGUCAAAAGUGUGUCUUUGGCCACCAACCGUCGGACCCUGUGGACCAGUUGUUGUGUCCUGGUACUACGAUGCUGGAAUCGAUCGCUGCAAAGCGUUUAAUCGCACUAUUUGCGGCGGUGGAGGAAACUGUUACGUGACUGAGUUGAAGUGUCAAUUCGACUGCAGACCAUCCGUAAAGCCAGAGGCCAGAUGCAGCCAACCGCCGGAACCUGGAAGGUGCUUUAUCGCACAAAAGCGCUACUUCUUUAACGACAAAACUAACGAGUGUGUUCCAUUCCCAAACAAUAAAUGUGGCAAGAACAGAAACGCCUUCAGAACUCUCAAGAGAUGCAAGGCAAGAUGCAGCUAUAACAAAGCUGCAAGCCAAAUAAGUAAUCAGCUGCCUACCGGUGGUGUGCCUGGUCAGGCCAUUACACCCUCCAAUCUCGGACCAUUCGGCCAACCUGGUUACCCCUUGCCACAGGGUCAACCUGCUCUGCCCAACACUAUCGGUUCACCAAGCUCUCCUACCCUACCAGGACAACCAAAUCAGCCUAUUCAUCAAGGCCAGGUUCCACCCGGCCCGCCUCCCAUACCCGGCCACUCCGCACCUCCAAACAUGCUUGGUCAACCUACUAUCCCUGGACAACCCACCGUGACAGGCCAGUUGAACACACCUGGCCACCCAGCUAUUCCAGGUCAAACCGGUGCGCCUGGUUUUCCCAACGCGCCUCUUAAUCCAGGCGUAUCUGCUCAUCCCAGCAUGCCUGGCCAAGUAAUGAAGACUGGCGCAUCUGGUUUACACGGACAAACCCCUGCACAAGGAAGCCCUAACAUCCAUCUAGGACCAACUCAGCCUCCCUUACAAAAUGUACCGCCUCCACAUUCCAGAAUCCCUUCCCCAGCCGGGUUAUCUCCGAAACCUUUCGAUCUGAGCGAUGGACUACCCAGGCAAAACAAGAGACUCCGCUGAUCUAACCAAGCGGGUCAACGAGAGGGCGACUAACUCUUCUAUCCUCUCAAAAAUUGCCUCAAAUGUUCAAAAUAAAAGCAAUAAUUAAUG